AGGCCGAUUGAGUACAAGAAGAAACAGAACUCAAAACAGUUCGGCUCGUCGAUGCGCACGGUGAAGUCGCGACAGUUUGUGAUACGAGUGUUCCGAAAAUGGUCCGCAGUUUAGUCCAGUGGACAAAAACUUUGAGCUUUCCGGCCAGGAUUUCGCCGAAUAAGAGUUCGAAGGAGAGUGUCCUGAGUAGUCCUGGCAGUCCUACCAUCACGCCGACCCCCAGCAACAUGUCCUUGUCGCCGCCGUGCAAAAACGAAAUUAAUAACAUGAAGAAUAGCUCGUUGAAUGAAGUCAACCAAAUAUAUCCUGAUCCGGAGUCGGAGAAGGCUAUUAUGAGCUCUGUCGUUUACUGCAUUCACCAUAAAGAAGGAUGCAAAUGGUCGGAUGAGCUGAGGAAACUGAAGGCCCACUUAAACUCGUGCAAACACGACGCCAUCCCCUGUAUAGGAAAGUGCGGUGCUCAAAUACCCCGAGUCAUCAUGGAAGAGCACCUAAAAACCACGUGUCCCCAGCGCAGAGCCAGGUGUCAGUUCUGCAACAAGGAGUUCACCGGCCACGUGUUCGAGCAGAACCAUGUGGGCAACUGCGGCUACGAACCCCUAUACUGCGAAAACAAGUGCGGCGUCAAGGUGCCGCGCCGACACUUGAGCCACCACAAAGUGAGCGAGUGCUCCAAACGCCUGCUUCCGUGCAGAUUUUGCGCUAAGGAGUUCGUCGCCGACACGCUUUCCGCGCACCACUUGAAGUGUGGGAGGGUGCCGGUGGCUUGCCCGAAUCGUUGUGACGUCAACGUGCUCGCCAAGGAGGAUCUGGAGACGCACUUGAAGGAAGAGUGCACGGUUUCGGUGCUCAACUGCACGUACAAGGAUGCGGGCUGCAGGUUCAAGGGUCCUCGGCAUUUAAUGGAGAAGCACUUGGAAGAAAGUAGUCAGCAGCACCUCGCGUUAGUUUGCACCGUCGUGACCAAGCAGCAGCACCAGAUCACGUCCCUGAAAAGCGCGCUUUCCAGACUGUCCCUGAACUACUCAGGGACUCUCAUCUGGAAAAUCAGCGACUUCUCGGACAAGAUGAACGAGGCGAAGAACAAAGAGGGAAUGGAGCUGGUGUCACCGCCCUUCUACACUAGUCAAUACGGAUACAAACUCCAGGCUUCGCUUUUCCCCAACGGAAACGGCGCCGGAGAAGAUUCCCACAUUUCAGUCUAUAUAAAAAUUCUUCCGGGUGAAUACGACGCCCUCUUGCGGUGGCCGUUUGCCCAUUCCGUCUCCUUCACCCUCUUCGACCAGUCCUCGUGUCCCGAGAAGGCGUGCAAUAUCGUGGAGAGCUUCAUCCCGGACCCGACUUGGAAGAAUUUCCAGAGGCCGAGCAAGGAACCGGAUUCGUUGGGUUUUGGGUUCCCGAAGUUCGUGUCGCAUGAGAUGCUGAAGAAGCGGCACUUCAUGAAAGACGACACAAUGUUUAUUAGGGUUAAAGUUGAUCCUAGUAAGAUUGUGGCAGUUUGAAAAGGAGAGAACUUUUCGGAUCUUGAUCUCAUUUUGUAAAUAAUGUAAAGUUUUGUAUAAAUCAAGCGAAGACUGUACAUUGAGGAAUACAAGAGUUUUUGGUUUACUUCAUUUUGUACACUUGUUUGGAUGUAUUUGCUAGAAAUCUGUACAUAAGAAUAUUGAAUAUUUUGCGUGAGGAAAAUGUUCAUUAUUUCGGUCAUAGUUAGGUUUCUCAGGAAGGUUGUAAAAUUCAAAAUUUGUUUAGUUUGUUGUUUUCGAUGUUUUGUGAUAGCUGGAGAAGACCAAAGUUUCUGUUUAUAUGUUCAUGUAAAUAUAAUUGAUAAGGACCAAUAUGUACUUCGUACGUAAUUAAUAGUCAUUUUUAGGUUAGACUACGAUACUUCUUUUUAAUGAAAUGUCUUUUUACGUUU